AUGGCCGAGACCCCAAUACGAGAACUCAUAUGGAGAUUGCGAUCGUCGACCCUACAAGCCCCGACAAGCCCUGACAAGCUCAAACGCCAUGGACUCCCAAGGUCCCCCGAUGCAACCAAGACGUCUUGGCAGAACAUCCCUAGUGGACUACGAGUCACCCGUGUCUUAGCAGGUUACUCGCUGGCGCUCAAGGUCCUAAUGAUCGACCAUUAG